CGUAUCGUCGCCCGCCGAAUUAUCUGCGAAAGUAUCGGAUGGAGAGCUCGAGGUAAGGGGUGAGUUCAUGACCCUUACAAUAACGGAAGAUGGGAGUACUUGCAUUACGGUCGUCGCCCUGGGCAACACCCUACAGGAAACCUCUGAUUGUUGCGAGCCGGCUCCUGCAACGGUAGAAGCAUCGACAACCACCUUGGCCCCCCCACCGUCUAGUUCAAGCGGCGACUCCUCUAAUACUGCCUUGAUUAUAUUCGGUGUAACGUUCGGUAUAGCUAUUUUACUUCUCAUUCUCUGCUGGUGGUUCUGCUGCCGGGGCAAGCGAACUACACCACCACCACCAUGCACUGAGGCAUAUCCACCGUGUCCCAAGCCAAAUCCACCAUGUCCCAAACCACAACCAUGUAAACCACGGCCAAAAAAACCGUGUCGCCGCCCUAUCAACUGUCUCCCAGCUUGUCCUUCUUGCGUACAGAUUCCGGGACCACCAGGACCACCCGGCCCUCCUGGAGAGAGGGGGCCUAUUGGAUUAAGAGGACCCACUGGGGAUAGAGGCGAAUUAGGACCUCAAGGGCUGCAGGGAUUGGCGGGAGACCAAGGGGAACCAGGGCCGGUUGGCCCAAGAGGACUUAAUGGCGCAAUAGGACCUCCUGGUCGUGAUGGAAUGCAAGGGUUGCCAGGUCGCGAUGGGAUUCAAGGGCCAGAAGGGCCAGAAGGUCCUCCAGGCGAUCCAGGCCUUGAUGGUGCUCAAGGUAUACCAGGUCGCGAUGGCCUUCCAGGCGUACCAGGUCGUGAUGGACAUCCUGGACCCGAAGGUCCUCCCGGCGUACAAGGCGAGGCCGGCAAUGAUGGAGCACCGGGUCGCGAUGGCAUCCAAGGUUUACCAGGCCGCGAUGGACUCCAAGGUCUGCCAGGUCGCGAUGGAGCUGAAGGGCCAGCUGGUCCUCCUGGUGAUCCAGGGGAGCCCGGUCCCGCCGGUGCUGAAGGCAGACAGGGCCGCGAUGGCGCACCGGGCGUACCAGGUCGUGACGGACCUCAAGGACCUCAAGGCCAACAAGGACCCCAGGGUCAACCAGGGCCUCAGGGCCAGCCAGGGCCUCAGGGCCAACCAGGACCAGCAGGUGAGAAUGGCGAGAGGGGUGAAAGAGGCGAGAGAGGUUGGAGAGGUGAGAGAGGCGAGCAAGGCCCACGCGGCCGUGAUGGUCAACAGGGGGCACCCUGCCGGGGAGGAAGACGAAGAAGUAGGGGAAGCAGGAGCAGUCGAGACGAACCUUGCCCACCAGGUGAUUGUUGUAAUCGUUGCCGUCGUAAGUGUGGAGGUCGCUGUGCUGGUCUCUGUGGUGACUGGAACUCGUGUGGGGGGCAUUGUGGCUGCAGAUGUCGCUGUUGUCACAUUGACAUAGAGAUAUACAACUAGUAGGAACGGAUUAUUGGUACCUAUCUAGGUACCUGGGUACACACUGGGUAGGUAAUUAGCUGGGAUUCCGGUAGGCUUUUAUGGAGGGUACCUACCUAGUAGCUAGGGAUGUACACGUACCCUACCUAAUAGGAUACUAGGUAGGCAUCUCUAAUAUAUUUCAUGUUCUACCUUACCUACCUACCUAUUUAAUAUAAAUUUGAUGAACUUACAUGUGGUGGUGUAGGUAAUCAUGUUAUGUUAGACGCGCCCCCUUUCACUGCAGUUUCUAUCCAAUAGCUGUACCUACCACGAUAGAUACCUAGUCAUUGGAUCAUCACAUGUCACAUGUCACGAUCUUCAUUUACGUAUCUCUUAUGAUAUUGGAAGUAACCACCCAGUAG